AUGAACAUCCCUCGCCUGAUCAAUACCUUAGGCUGGGGAGACAUACUCCCUAAUCGAAACUUUGGGUUCCGACCAGAAGCUGUUCGUAUGUUCUAUGCGAACAUGAAGCCGUGUCUCCAUGUCUCUCCACCCUGUUUCACCACCAUAGUGUAUAAUUAUCUGAUUACUCUGAAUGUGGAGUUGAUUUCGUUGCUCCUGGGGAUUCCUGUCUCUGGUGCAGAAGUCAUGAAUGAGCUUGACUUCCAUUCAGUUGAGUUCAACGAAGGGGAUGCCCUGCGGCUGUAUACACGUGAUACAGGACGUUAUUAUCCGUCAGAAUUUCAUUCUGGACGACUGCCGGAUGACCUCAAGGUGCUGCAUUUUUAUAUAACUCGGCUGUUCUUACCCCGCUCGUUUGGCCUCAAUACCAUUUAUCCUUCGGAUUUAUGGAUUCUUGCUAGUGCCAAGGAAAAUCGGGUUAUUAGCUAUCCACACUUGAUGUUCGAUCAUAUGCUGAACUAUCAUGCUGACAACUUCGAAGCUGAGCUCCCGUUUGCCCCUCAAAUCACUCAGAUUUUGUUGGCAUUAGGGAUUGAUCUCAGGUUCAAAGUUGCUCGUGUGGACAUGCUUAAUUCUCUUCGCGCACAGUUUGUUCUGCGCAAAGUGGACGCUUCUGUCGGUCGUCAUGCACCCCGGGUCAAUGUCCCAGGGGGAGAUAAUAUUGAUGCUGAGGACGUUGUUCCUUCUCCAGAAGACGGGCUUAGUCUUGCCGACUUAGUUCAGGAUAUCUCUGGCAAAGGGAAGCAGAAAGCUGUGUUGGAUCCUUUAGAGUUUAUCAGUCAAUUCUACAGUCAUGACAAUGAGGCUAGUACCAGUGGUCAUCCUCAUGAGGAACCAGAAGGAAGCGAAGGAGACAUCUCUGACUAUGUACCUUCGCCACCUUACCUCUUCUAG